AUGAGCAGCGCCGGAAGGGAUGAAGACACGAGACGAGAGGCGGUCAGCGGGCUGGAUCUCACCUCUGGCCUCCCGAGCGGCGUAGCCCUACAGGUUGCCUGCCUGCAACCCGGGUUGCCAGAUGGCCCGAGGUCCGGAGGACUAGCGCAACACGGAGGCUGGUGUGGCCUUCAACAAGUUCAUCUCAUGUACGUGCGAGCUCGUAUCGGGGUGAUCCAAUCUUAUAAAUGCUGCCAUUGUGUAUAAAGCGUAUUCGGAACACACAUCGUCAAUUUCUUCUUUAGAUUAGUAGCGAGAAGAACAUCAUUAUUAGCGGAGGGGAUAAGGUAGCAUUGAUGGACGUGAUUAGGUCACGUGCCGUCUCACCACGCUGGUAGAACGGAGCGAGCCGUAGCGAGCCUGAGCGCGAGCGAGCGACAGCGUCUGACAGCGCUUUUCCCCUCCGAUGUCUCGAUCACAGUCCUAGUCUCACUACUUUCUGUUCCCUUACGCUUUCGGUCAUAUAUCUUGACUCGAAGCCAUCCGACCAUACGAUAUGUUGCCUCUCCUGUCUGCUUCCAGCAACGCGUCAGCGUUUGCCGCUCCCACCCGUGAGACGCGUCCUCGUGUCGUGAUUGAAGUUUUGUUAAUGUCUGCUGACCCUACUCCUCAUUCCUCGCUGUUACCGCCGAAGAUGCUUCGGUGCAAUCGACCAGCAGCCCCGAAAUGGGGUCUGUACUGUCGUCUUCAGCGACCGUUCAGACACAACAGCACCACAUUUCUGCUUCCAGCAUCGCGAAGAUGGACGAAGCACGACGCCCGCCUCAAGGCCGACCACGUCCAACUCGUCCAACUCAACGAGUCAUCGAAUCAAAGAGGUUCAGAAUGAGAUCCGAGCCCUCCAUGAUGUCGUUCGAGCGCUGCCUUUGACUUCGCGCCUGUCAUCGUCGCAGAAGGAGACCCACGUGCUCUAUAACUUGCAACGUCGCCUCGAAAAGAUGCAAUACUGUUUGCGGGAUGGGGCCGCGCCGUUUCGACCGUACAACCCUCCCCGCUGCCGGGUGGGCUGCACGAUGACGGUCUGGAGACCAUGCGCCAGUAGCGAUUCCUCCUCGCGAGCGUUGAAAUGGCAGCUGCGGGCCGGUGA